AUGUUCCUCGCAAAGGUAAUUCUUCUAGCCACCGUGUUGGCGCUUUUUGGUGGUGUGGCUGCUCAGGUGACGCGUGAAACGGUUCCGAGGGAAAAUGCCGAAGCAAGUUCCGCUGAACCGGUUGAACUGGUGACCGAGCGAUUUAACGCGACGCGAGUCCUGAGCGCGAUCCGGCAGGAGAUCGAAAGGAGACGUGAAGAGCGCCAGGAACGGACCCAGCAACGUCGGGAGGAGAUCCUUCAGACGCUUGAAGGCUUAAGCGAGCGGCGGCGUGAGUUCGAAUUGCGCCGACAGGAGGCUGAACAAGCUGCGGAAGCCCUUAAGGAAGCUCGCCGGCAGGAUAUGGAGGCACGCCGAGUUGGAAGAUUGCCACAGCGUGAACGUGAGCGUGUUAGUCGGUUGCGUUUGGAGCGGUUAGUUGAUCAGACGACGCCGGAAGAGAACGAAAUCGACGAUUCUGCGUCGGUGACCGAGGAGGAGAAUGGCGAGUUGGGAGAGUUGAGAAGCUCGGGGGUGGUCCAGCGGGUGCGUAAUCUGCUGCUGAUCGAGGAGGCGGACGGCAACCUGCGACUGAUUGAUCUCGAUACUGAAGAAGGCCAGCAGUACGUUCUGGAAGGUGGACGAAAGCGCGAACAGGAGUCGGAUGGUUCUGAAGAAAAGCAACAGGAUGAAGAGGAGAAGAAAAGCGACGAGGAAAACGAGAAGAAGAGCGAUGAGGAGGAGAAGGGAGCUGAGAUCGAGGAAGCUGCGGGAAAGCGAAAGCUUAAGAUAGGCCAAAUUUAGAGGGAUUCACUUGACAGUGAGGGAUGUUUUA